UGUACCUCUUGUUGCUGCAACUUAGAUAUAGGUUAUAUUACUGGUAGAAAAACUUUUUCAGUUGCAGACAAGUAAUUGUGAGAGGAAAGAAACACAAAACUAAGGAAACAUUUUCACAACACUCCUCUAAAUGUGGGGCGAAUGUAAUCGCAAAGUUAUUACAAACAUCCUUAUAAACUUACUUGUAUGCUUUUGUCAGCCGAUCAGUGUAGUGUGACGGCGAUCUACGGGGGCCGGUGAUGAACACAUUUAAGCAGGGUUGUAAGCAGCUCUCAGUUGAAUAGAGUCAGACCUCCAUCUACUGGACAAACUGUGCAAGGACAUUUUACAUUGCUGACACAAACAUUAUUUCAGUGACUGUUCUGUUUGAGAAAUUAUUGGCGUUUUAUCUGCAAAAUUUCAGCCGAUAGUGAGUACUUUGAAACGGGUUUAUAUCGGCCGAUAAUAUCGGCCGGCCAAUAUAUCGGUCGGGCUCUAGUCCAUAGAUCAUGGGUUUGUGCAUCUGAUGAUGUCACUGGUGUCAAUCAUGUCAAAAAAGGUGGACGUGACCCGGACUGUCAGUCUGGAACCUGACCCCCCACUCACUCCAGCCUAUUAUUAUGUUUUUUAAAUGAAUAAAAUGUUCUUUUUUGGACCCUUAACAAAAAAGGUAUGAGCUAAAAGCUGAAGCUUUGUCCUCAUAAACUCUACACAAACUCACUCCAGCCUAUUGCUGGAGUGAGUUUUAAAACUUGAUGUGUCCCUGUAGCUGGACUUAAACACUGCUUUCUUCUCUUGUCGGGAAUGUGCACAAACUUUAAACAAGCACAGUGUUUGUUGGUUUCAAGAAAAAUGUGUUUCUCACAAUGUUUUUCCUCUUUUUUUGGGACUGUGCUAAAUGAUUAAUGGCAUCGUAUAUAUUUAACUUUGAUGUAAAAAGCUUGAAUUGGGCGUCCAGUUCAAGGACACAACGUCCAUGUCAGACGGUCCAAGAGCACAGUAUGGUGGUCCAGGUCCACGUGCCACCACUUCAGGCAAGAGUCAUGCUGUUCCAGUCCGCCUGGGUGGAACUGCGUCCGUCCUGAGCCAGACUCCCCUGUGCUGGGGAGGGUUCCGUCUUCAGGAUAAAGACGGCAGAGUUUAGCAGCAUCUCUGAAGUUAUCAGACAACUUCUACAGAAGGACCAGAACUUCUUGCUCAUGCCCACACAGGGUGGAGGGACGUGGAGGGACGUGGUCAGCAGGUGUCCCAUCAGCACUGGUUUUAUUUUUGUACGCCUGGUCGAUUGGAGGCGGAAGUGCUGGACAGACGUCAACAUCCACCACCACAGAAGAAGAACGGCAUCAUGGCUGCAGGAGCAGCUCUGUCGCUAGAAAUAAUCAUAUUUUAACGUUUUAAACCCUGUUUAAUAACUGAAUUGUUGAGCAAAGUGUUAGAUGUUCGUAGUGGCAGCGAUGGAGCAGCGGGUGGACUCUGUUUUAAAGUUGUUGGUGGACGCGACGGUCUCAGAAAUGUGUAAAGUUUUGAGCGGUUUGGACUCCGGAGCCGCCACCGUGACGUCAGAGGACAAGGUGAUCCAGUUCAGUGUCUUCAUGACAUCUCUGGCCAAAGAUGCUGUGGAGAACAUCUGCCAGCUUUUCCAUGAAUGUUCCUCUUUGCUCCAGCUACAAGUGUCCAAAGGUUUAGUGGAGAUCAAGGACCUGAAGAAGAGACUGGAGUCAGCAGAGACGGAGCUGAAGCUGUUGUUGGAGCGUGGAGGAGAGCAGAAUAAUGUGGCGCAGCUGGCGGAGGAAGCCUUGGACCUGCCGGAGGGAGCCUCGGCCCUGCCGGAGGGAGCCUCGGCCCUGCCGGAGGGAGCCACGGUCCUGCCGGAGGGAGCCUCGGUCCUGCCGGAGGGAGCCUCGGUCCUGCCGGAGGGAGCCUCGGUCCUGCCGGAGGGAGCCUCGGUCCUGCCGGAGGGAGCCUCGGACCGGCCGGAGGGAGCCUCGGACCGGCCGGAGGGAGCCGCGGACCGGCUGGAGGGAGCCGCAGACUGGCCGGAGGAUGUGGUACUUUCAGCCAGUGACAGCGCAGAAGUGGUGGAUGGAAGUGUUGCUGGAGUGGAGGAAUCAUCUAUCGUUCUCCUGUGGAAUGGCACAUCUUUGGAGGCCUGUGUCCAAACUGUGGUAGUAAAGGAAGAAUUUAUGGAUGGAGGUGCUGCAGAGGUCUGCUAUGUUUCUGGUCCAUGCCAAGAGGACGUGCAGCAGGAGGCCACCGCUGAUGCAGAGUAUCAGGUGGUUGUGGUUGAUGACUGUGAUGGUGGUGACGGUGACCCUGGAAAUGCCAGCACUCCUUUACCUGUGGUGAAGGUCCAGUCCCGUGGACGUAGGGCGAGGAAGGAGAGUCAGAAGGAGUCUUUGUGCUGCGAUCACUGCAACACAACCUUCAGCACGGUGAUCCAGCUUCGAGCUCACCAGGCCAUCCACGGACUCAACCCAGGGAAACCGUACCACUGCUCUCAGUGCAGCAAGCGCUUUUCCAUGAAAAGUAGCCUCAACAGCCACAUGCUCCUUCAUACAGGUGAGCAGCCGUACACCUGCAGUGUUUGUGGGAAGGGAUUCACCCUGAAGCAGCACCUGAAGUUCCACAAAUGUCUCCACGCUGAUGUCCGUCCCUUCUGCUGUGAGCAGUGUGGCAAGUGCUUCUACAGGUUGCGCAGCCUGAAGGUCCACCAGAUUGUCCACACGGGCGAGCGGGCCUACAGCUGCCAGUACUGCAACAAGCGCUUCACCGUCCACGGCAACCUGCAGCGCCACCUCCGCAUCCACACGGGCGAGAAGCCUUUCAGCUGUGAGACCUGCGGCAGGAGCUUCAAUCAGACCAACACUCUGAAGGCGCAUCAGCGGGUGCACACCGGGGAGCGGCCCUUCAGGUGUGAGAUCUGCAACAAGGGUUUCAGACAGAAAACCACUUUGAGAACCCACCAGAAGAAAUCCCACCUGUGUCGGAAAUCCCUGGUCUGUGUGGCGUGCAGCGCCGCGGUGGCCUGCGUCGAUUCUCUUCGUGCGCACCUGGAGACGCACGAGGCGAGCCUUCCGUGCACCUGUAUGGUGUGUUUGCAGUGGAUCAGCUCCGUGACGGAGCUGAACUCACAUCAGCAGACCCACACCGUGGAAAAACCCCACAACUGCAGACUGUGUGACAAGAGCUUCAAGUCAGCCAGCUCCCUCUUUCUUCAUGUCAAGGUGCACGGGGAGGAGAAACCCUACAGCUGUGACCUCUGUGGGCGCACCUUCACGCAGCUCGGCAGCCUCAGGUUACACCAGUUGGUCCACACAGGAGAGAAACCAUUCAACUGUGACACGUGUGGGAAAUGUUUCAGGAACAUGGGUAACCUGAAGAGACACCAGCGUAUCCACACGGGGGAGAAACCGUACAGCUGCGACACAUGCGGGCGCAGCUUCAACCAGAGCAACAGCCUGAAAGCUCAUCAGCAGAUCCACACGGGGGAGAAACCGUACGUCUGCGACAAGUGCGGCAAGAACUUCCGCUACCUGAGAAAUCUGAAGGACCACAAGUGUCGCCCCGUCUGAGCCUCAGGCGGGUCCAGCGGCUCGUUAUUUGCUUCGCUGGGAUCCUGGCACGGAAACCAGCUCGUCUUACUUCAGGUAGUGAAGACGCGUCUCCAUCCCAGUUGCAGACAUUUGUUGGAUUUGCAGUUCUGACAGAUUCACAUGAACACAUUGUCUGAGGUUUACUUGAAUACGUUUGUCAUGUGGGGUUUUUUAUUUUGUGAAAACUGGUUUCUUUGUUCAAAAACCUGAAUUGGAGGUCGGUCCACAUGGCUUUUCCAGGGCUGUUCCAGAUUAUGACUAAAGCAGAAAACAGAUAACUGAUGUUUGCUUGCAAUUUAAAAAAUGAAAAAUGUGUCAAAAAGUUGUCAGAUUUUUUUUUUUUUUUUUUUUUUUUUAGUUUCUGAAUUGUUUUUCAGAUGAUUUUCACAGAACAUUGGUUUUCUCUGUUAUGCACAAGUUGUCAUUACUUUUUGGCACUUGGUUUCUGUCUGAUAACUGCGAGACAAACAGGCAUAAAAUUGGAACUUCCAUCCCAUUUUUGUGGUGUAGGUAAAUCCAUAACGGAUACAUGAGAGUGAUUGGGGCAUGUUUGAUUACGAUAUAAUGUCAUUAAAUUGGGUUUUCAAUGUUAAAUUUAAAUUGCCACAAAAUCUGUAAUCUGGAUCAAAUCUGUUUCACGUUUUGUCAGUCAGUAAAGGAUAUCAUCCUACAAUAACACUCCCAAAUAUGAAAUAAAUUAGAUGUUUUUUGACAGAGUUGAUGAAUUUUUGAACAUUUGUUAAAUGUUAAAGAUACUUCAUGAUUUUUCCUGACUUUGACCUUUGACUUAUGACCUUGAAAAUUUAAUCAGUUCUCACCUAUCAGGAUAUGAAUCUUCAGUAAAAAUUUCAUAACGACAUUUGAAUUAUUGCAGGCUCCUGCCUGUUAACAUUCAGAUGAACAAACAAACGGGCAACAACAUAACUUCCUCCAGCUUUGUUGGUGAGGUAAUAAUACACUUUCUUCAAAAUGCCUUACAGUGUACGUUUUAUUCACAGAACGUUUCAACAUGACGUCACACAAAAAAGUGCAGGUCGUGUUGUGGGCGGGACAUCAGUAUAGACCAAAAACUUUAGAAUCAGAUUUCAUAAGGGUGGUACGUGUCCACGGCCCCUCAGUGCCUGAAGUAAUGGGCCAUUUUCAAACAUCAGUGGGCAUAUGCCAAGUAUAAUAUGUAAAUGAAUGAAGAUU